AUGAAGGAUCUGGGACCAUUGCAGAAUUUUCUUGGCAUUGAAGUGGCUUCUUCUCCCAAGGGUUACUUUCUAUCGCAGACUAAGUAUGCUAACGAGGUUAUCCAUCGUGCCAGACUUACUGACACUAAGCUGUCUAAUACCCCCAUUGAGCUUAAUGUAAAGCUCAACACUACUGAUGGGGUUCCUUUAGAUGAUCCUACUACCAUCUUUCAGGGCUUGCUGUUCUCUUCUACUUCUUCCUUAGACUUGGUGGCUUAUGCUGAUGCUGAUUGGACUGGUGAUGUUAAUGAUCGUAAAUCUACUUCUGGUUUCUGUAUGUUUCUUAGCGAUUCCCUAAUUUCUUGGAAAAGCAAGAAACAAACUAUUGUUGCCCGUUCUACUGCUGAAGCUGAGUAUCGUGCUAUGGCUCAUGCUACUGCUGAAAUUGUCUGGCUUCGUAAUCUCUUAUUUGAGUUGGGCGUCCCUCAAUCUUCCCCGACCUCUCUCUAUUGUGACAACCGAAGUGCUAUUCAAAUUGCUCAUAACACUGUGUUCCAUGAACGGACAAAGCAUAUUAAGCUUGAUUGUCACUUCGUCCGUUAG